ACAUUAACUCUUUAAUUUAGAUGAACAUUUGUCGAAAGCAGUGAACAUCCCCCCGCAAAAAAAACAGUGAACAAAAAGCAGUCGAGCAGGAGGCUGGGAGCAUCGAAAAUAUCUAUCUUCCUUGGCAGUGUACGAACUUGGAGGGGACUCCAAUACCUAGUGUGGUAACUAAGCAUGAUGUCCAACAAGAUGAAUGGAUGCUGGGUCAUUGGGCCGAUCGAUCCAUCACACAAAUAUAUACGUAUAACUUGGCUAGUAAUGCAGGGUCGAUCAGUGGCUAUAGCUGAUAUAUACUUCACGAUGGCAGGUGUCACAUCGGAUUCUUCACAGGAGACGAUGAGUCACCGGUGGAACCUCGCCGGCAUGACGGCGCUCGUCACCGGAGGAACCAAGGGGAUCGGGCUUGCCAUCGUGGAGGAGCUGGCCGGGCUCGGCGCCAAGGUGCACACCUGCGCACGCAACGCCGCCGGCCUGGACAAAUGCCGGCGGCGAUGGCAGAGCAAGGGCCUCCACCAGCUGGUCACCGCCUCCGUCUGCAACGUCUCCGUGCGCGGCGACAGGGAGGCCCUCGUCGCCACGGUCCGCGACCUCUUCCACGGCAAGCUCCACGUCCUCGUCAACAACGCCGGCCUGUCCCUCUACAAGGCGGCCGCGGACACCACGCCGGAGGAGUACGCCCGUCUCAUGGCCACCAACCUCGACCCCUGCUUCCACCUCUCCCAGCUCGCGCACCCGCUGCUCCGCCAGGCCGGGGCCUCCUCCGUGCUGCUCAUCUCCUCCGUCACCGGCUACAUCGCCUACCCGGCGCUCUCGGUUUACUCGCUCACCAAGGGGGGCAUGCACCAGCUCGCCAGGAGCCUGGCCGCUGAGUGGGCGACGCACGGCAUCCGCGUCAACUGCGUCGCGCCGGGCGGCAUCGACACCGAUAUCUCCACCACCACGCUCGCCACCGACCCAACCAUGGCGCGGAGGCUCGCCGACAUGGAGACGGCGCGCGUGCCCAUGCGCCGCUUCGGCAAGCCCCACGAAGUCGCCGCGGUCGUCGCCUUCCUCUGCAUGCCCGGCGCCGGGUACAUCACGGGCCAGGUCAUAUGCGUUGAUGGCGGACGCACAAUAGCAGCCAAGCUAUGACAAUACACAUGUAACCGUGAGAAGCCGCAUCCACGGCUAGAACCUAAGUUUUGCUUGAUUAUUGCAAGAUGAUUCAGAUUGCCAGCAAUCACUUGCAUCAUGCUCCCGAUGAGUUUGCAAGGGAAACUGGGGCAAAACAAAUAAAGCACAGACAAAUCUCAUCUCGGUUAUUUACUCGACUUGCAAAACAACUAAUCUGACAAGUUAUUGCUGCUUCAAAUAGUUACUUCUGCCAUGGGCAUAUGUCCAAAACAAACCCCAACAGAGCACAACAAAUUUAAUUCACCACAAAUUAUAUAAGUUGGCCUACACAACACAUGAUCUCAUCAUGCUAGCAAAUAUGGGAGAACAGA